GCCGCGGCUUCCACUUCCUGGCCCUCCCCACCUUUAGCGAAACCAACGAGAGGACACCGCCGGCGUCUAGAGCAGCCCCACCAGGAGCCUAACCGAGUGGCGCGCGAACGUGAGAGGAGAACCGUGCGCGGCUGCGCUCUCCCGCCCCUGAGCCGUUGUAGACGCGGGAAAAAUGCUUUCUGAAAGCAGUUCAUUUUUGAAGGGUGUGAUGCUUGGAAGCAUUUUCUGUGCCUUGAUCACUAUACUAGGACAUGUUAGGAUUGGUUAUGGAAGUAGAAUGUACCACCAUGAGCAUCAUCACCUACAAGCUCCUAAUAAAGAAGAUAUCUUGAAAAUUUCAGAGGAUGAACGCAUGGAGCUCAGUAAGAGCUUUCGGGUAUACUGUAUCAUCCUUGUAAAACCCAAAGAUGUGAGUCUUUGGGCUGCAGUGAAGGAAACUUGGACCAAACACUGUGACAAAGCAGAGUUCUUCAGUUCUGAAAACGUUAAAGUGUUUAAGUCAAUUAACAUGGAAACAAAUGAUAUGUGGUUAAUGAUGAGAAAAGCUUACAAAUAUGCCUUUGAUAACUAUAGAAACCAAUACAACUGGUUCUUUCUUGCACGCCCCACUACGUUUGCUAUUAUUGAAAACUUAAAGUACUUUUUGUUAAAGAAGGAUCCAUCACAACCUUUCUAUCUAGGCCACACUGUAAAAUCUGGAGACCUUGAAUAUGUGAGUGUGGAAGGAGGAAUUGUCUUAAGUAUAGAAUCAAUGAAAAGACUUAACCACCUUCUCAGUAUCCCUGAAAAGUGCCCUGAACAGGGAGGGAUGAUUUGGAAGAUAUCUGAAGAUAAGCAGCUAGCAGUCUGCCUGAAAUACGCUGGAGUCCUUGCAGAAAAUGCAGAAGAUUCUGAAGGAAAAGAUGUAUUUAAUACCAAAUCUGUUGGGCUUUUUAUUAAAGAGGCAAUGACUAAUCACCCCAACCUGGUAGUAGAAGGAUGUUGUUCAGAUAUGGCCGUUACUUUUAAUGGACUGACUCCUAAUCAGAUGCAUGUGAUGAUGUAUGGGGUAUAUCGUCUUAGGGCAUUCGGCCAUGUUUUCAAUGAUGCAUUGGUUUUCUUACCUCCAAAUGUUUCUGAUAAUGACUAAUAAAUUAAACAAGAGCACGUACAUGAUGAUGGUAUAGGACAUGUGUUGUCAUUAUUUGUUGUAACGACUGCAUAUCCAACACAGCAGUAUUUUUUUUUUUUAAUUUGGUGACAUUGGUUUAAUCACACAUUAAAGUUGAGUAAUACAUUUUUAAAUAGGAUGGAGUUUUUUCCUUAAAACACAUGAAAAUUUCAAAUGUAUUGGAAAGAAAUGUUUUAAGAAUAAUAAUUUUGCAAAUAAGGGAUAUAUUUAUAAAUAUAUUUAUGUGAUAAAUUCUAAAUUAUGAACAUUAAAAAUCUGUGUGGCACAUAUUUUUGCUGGUUGGUUAAAAAUUUUAACAUGUCUUUUUAGCUUUCUAAGAUGUGCAAAUGAAAUCUCUAGUUGUGAAUUUGUGAUUAAAGUUAAACUUUUAGCUAUGUGUUUUUAUUGCCUCUAAUGUUGGUUUAUGUUCUAAGCCUCUUUGAAUGCCAAUGGAUUUGCCUUCUGAAAACAUACAACCAAGCAACAAAGGAAACGUUCCCAACCAAUGUUAAAGUGAAAGUUGAACUCUAUCCCUGAGAGAAAAAAUGAAAAUUACUUAUAAAAGUUAAUAAUUUUCCUGGGAGCUAAGUUAGGGGCGUUCCUUAGCACACACAAUUUCAGUGUAACUCUCUGUACUUCUCUAUGCAGAUACUGAAGUUUGAAUGGUGAUUACGAAGAAUGUAAUAUCAUAACUGUGUUGUUUUCCGGUGAAUCAAACUCUCACCUGUGGCUUGGAUAAAAAUGUAUCAGUUGAGAUUUAUUUACUCCUGCUGGGCAAAUGAGUCCCAUGGAAGUCUCCUUUGAAGAACUUCUUUUGGCAGUCUGGCAGUUUCACUUACCUGAAUUAAGUCUGUCCUGUUUUUUGUUUACUUGUUCAAAUUCUGAGAUUUUUCCUAUGUUCAUGGUUGCACCACAUCCAGUUGUUUUUUGGUGUGGAGGCCUUAACCUCACCAUUCACUUUGGCUUACCAUACUAUUUGCCUGAUUUCAGUAGCUACCCAGAAGCUUUAUCCGGUGGUGGACAAAAUAGCUCCUGUGCUUAUGAAUGUGUGAAAUACUUGGAGCUGACUUGUCCUAUAAUUGGGUCUACAUGUGCUAUAAGUCAGAUCCAUAAGCCUCCAUAAGGUGUAAGACCAUGACACUUUAGAGAUCAAUAUUUCCUGUAACUGACCUCAUGAUGUUAAUGGUCUCCCACAGCUUUUGCAAACUAGAAAGAGAAUUUCCUCAAGAGGGCCUCAGGCUUCAUCUUAUUGGUCAUUAGAGUAGUAUGGAAACCCUUUGUUUUAAUUUAUCUUUCCUUAUUGAGGUGUUUGGUUAAAAUGAAGGGUUAUUUUUGAAAAAUAAUAAAACCUCUUUAUAUGUUCUAAUAUAUAGAACAUAUAUCUUAGAUAUAUGUUCUUAGAUGCAAUUACUACAAAUCAAAUGUUCAGUGUGAGUACGAUAAAUAGUAUCUCACUGAGUGUGACACCCAAUUUAUAAGUGUCACCUUGUCCCUAACACCAAUAUAUUAAAAAAAAUGUCUACAGCAUUUAUCACCUUCAAUUAUAUUCGUGCAGCAGGGAAUAGUUGUAAUAAAUAGAUCAGGGAAUGCAUUCCAUUGCUUGACUUUGUGGUAGAUGCUAAAGUAACAAUUGCCUCUGAAACCAAAUUGAUGCUCUUGAUUGUAUUUUUAUACAUGAGUAUUCCUUUAUAAAAUAUUAGUUGUUGUAAAUAAUAUACUGUCUCUUUGAACUUAUUUGUACCCAGUCUUGUGGAUAAAAAUCUGAAUCAGUAACAUAGAAAAUAGUACCACUGAGGCUGUAGUUAGAGAUUUGAUCACCAUACAUUUAAGAACUGAAAACUAACCCUAACCCCACUCUGUUAUUGGGGAGAGAGUUGGGAAGAUUGGAGGUCUAAUGAAAAUUUAUCAUGAUUGUGAUGAAUAUAUUUUACACAUGGCUAGAGGCUGCCAUAUUGGACAACACAAGUCUAAUCAAUUCCAGAAAUGUGAGACCCACUGACUGGGAUGUGAACGAGCGAAAACUUGAAGUUUCUUCUAAAAGUUGUAUUUAUCUUUCUGGUUGUCUUGAAUGCUAUGGAAAUUCCAACCUCACUUUUAGCAGGCCCCAGGCCAUCUCCUUGCGUGAUUUCAAUCACUAGAUCUUCUUCUCAAAAUUAAAACAUUGAAUUCAAAGCAAAAUAUAAAUUAGACGCCUUGGCUUUUUUUUUCAUGUAGCUAAAAGAUUGCUUGUGUAUCAAAUCUGAUUUAUGACACCCAGAUUUUUCUGCAAUGUAUUUAAACAAACCCUUGUUGGGCUUGCUUACAAGCAGGACACACCUGUAUUAGAAAAGUUACUGAAAGCACAGAUUCUGGUGAUGAUGUUCCACUAAUUUUUCCUUCAUUUGUCAAGAAUAUUGUGUUCCUUUUAGUGCCAGCUGACUUGGAUUGAUGCAUUCAAUGUAUAUCUGAGUGGUUAAGUGAAGAGCAUGUGUUUGUAAAAGUUUAGCUUUCUUUUGGCAUACAAAGAAAUUCGGAAGUCUUUGCCAACCUCCCUGCAGAGGAGUCCCCCAUAGUUUAAUUAAAAAUCAUCACCCAGAGGCCGGCCCAGUGGUGUAGUGGUUGAGUUUGCACGCUCCACUGUGGCAGCCCAGGGUUCACAGGUUUGGAUCCUGGGUGCGGACCUACACACCACUC